AUGGAAGUUAAACUAGCAAUUAUUGGUUCAGGUGGUGUUGGAAAGUCGUGUGUUACAUGUAGAUUCAUAUCUGAUAGCUACUCGGAAAACUAUGACCCAACCAUUGAAGAUUCUUAUUAUAAAGUAACCGAAUUAGAAAAUGGUCAAUCAUGUGGUUUUUCCAUCUUGGACACAGCCGGACAGGAAGAAUUUUCAAGCCUUAGGGAAAAUUGGAUGAAGCAAGCCGAUGGUUUCCUAUUGGUUUUUGCUCUCAAUGAUAAAAAGUCCUACGAAAAUAUAGAAGAACUCUACGAACAAAUAUUACGAGUUAAAGAUGUUGAUGAUUGGCCAGCCAUUGUUCUAUUGGGCAAUAAGGUAGAUUUGGCCGAAGAAAAUCCCGAAUUAAAUAGAAAGGUUGAAAAAUCAACAGUAGAGGAAUGGGCGCGAAAAAAAAAUGUCUCAACCAUUACACCUAAGGGAAUUGAUUAUUUCGAAUGUUCAGCCUUAUCGGGAAGAAAUAUAAAGGUGGCUUUUCAGAGAGCUGCACGUUAUACUCUCCAACAUAAGGGAAUUACUUUGAAUCCAUUCGGGGAGAAGAUUUUAUCGAGUACAACUCCAUCGGGAGAAGUUGAUGGUCAAUUUGCUACCAUUUCAACUUUCGGAGCAGAUUCAUCCUCCUCUGCUGAACAAGUAUCAAAGAAAACAUCCUUAGAAAAAGUUUCCUCACCAACAACAACAGUAGGGAGGAGUUCUUCUCUAUUAUUCAAUUUUGGCAGCAAUAAUCAACAACAACAAACAGAUCCAACUUCACCUGGUGGAUCAUCACAAGUUUCAAGAAAGAGUACUGUCAAAAGUAGCUCUCCUUCCAAACAAGAACAACAAGAACAACCACAUACAACUUCCAACAAGAAGAAGUGUGUAAUUUUAUAA